AUGGCGUCGUUUCAACCUACAAACGUGAACAUUUCCAGAGACGAAAGUAUUUUAAAUUUUACAAAGUCCAGGAACACGGAGCCGACAAGGGAAGUUUUGACAGUGAUUCAAAUAACUUGUUAUUCCAUCAUUAUUGUAAUCGGAACGAUAGGAAACGUGAUGUUAGUAUUCGAUUUGGCUACCAAACAUUACCUCAAAACCAGCCAGUAUUUUAUUUUGAAUCUGGCUACAGUAGAUCUCUUAACUUGUGCACUGAGUAUACCGUUUGAUAUUAGCCUGGUCGUGCUGGGUGGUUGGCCAUUUGGUCCGGUAAUGUGCAGGAUCGUUUAUCCUCUUCAAACAAUCCUCAUAGCUGUUUCAGUGUUUACGUUGCUGUGUAUGGCAGUGGAGCGCCACCGUGCUAUUCUACACCCACUAAAGCCUAAGAUACCCGGGAAAGUUAUAAUGUUGGUGAUUCUGCUUAACUGGGUUAUAGCUACUGGUCUGGUGUCACCAUAUGCCGCCGCCCUUACGAUAAAGGACGGUCACUGUGCUGAAAAUUGGCCUAAUAACGAUCCAAGAUACCCCAAAGCCUUCAGUUUAUGUGUGUUCCUUAUAUUGUACUUGAGCCCGUUGUGCGUCAUUACAGCCGCAUACACUUGCGUGGGGAUAAGACUUCGUGCUAACAGUCACAAGGUGGAGCUUCUCGUUGGAACUUUAAGCUGCAAGAGCCGCUUGGCCAAGUCUCGAACACAAAGAAACAUCAGGAUCGUAAAAUUCUUUGUUUUAGCAGUGGUGGCUUUUGCUCUUUGUCUGCUGCCUUUUCAGGUCAUGUGGAUGUGGAGUGACUUUGGAAACGGCCAAGACUGGUCACAUUUCAAUGAAGUUCUUACGUUCGCUAACGUAAUGGCUUACGCAAACAGCGCGGUUAACCCGUACAUAUUUGGUGCUCUUGGCAGUAGGUACAACUCCUACAACUGUCUUCGUCAGAAAAAUCGCAAAGGGCGUUACUUUGCACGUAAUACAUUUCCAUUUCAUAGCUUCAUCAGGAAAAGACGUUCUACAGGAAACAAAAAGUUAUUAAAGUCGCCUGAGAUAAGUGUUAUAAAACGAAACAGUCCAACCCCUAAUGAAAACCGAAGUAGAGGAAACAGUAAUGUUACCAAUGCCUUAUUCGAAUCAUCAGUUUAAGAUCAAAAGUUCAUGGUUGGCCUAACAUACCUCUGUUUCGAUCCUGUAGAGAGUCAUCAGACUCUUGGCUGACUAGAUUGCAUUACGUUUUAAGUCCCGCCGGAGUCGAUAAGUGUAUCGUUUUAGGCGUUUUCACUAAGUAUUUUCACGAGUUAUGCCAGAAUAACAGUCAAGUCGCCCACGCCAACUCGCCUACACUUAAAAUUACUUUUCUAUUGCCUUCUAAGUAGUGUUUAUUACUGCGAAGAUCCUUCUCAUAUCCAGUUACUUAUGCGCAGUUCAUAUAUGAUUUCCAUAUAAUCACAGAUAUUAACAAACCGAAGUGUUUGGCAACCAGCAUGUACCGUUAAAUACGAAAACUUUGAUGCUGAGAUCUAAAUCCCCGAACAGUCGCUUUGAUUCUUUCAGGGCUCACGAUAUAACACAACAUACAAAAAAAUAAAGCAAAAGCUUUCUCACUGAAGAACCGAACAAUUCCGUAGUGUAAUAAGUGUCGGAAAGGUGUUGGAAAGCGUCCAUAGCAUCGAAGCGUUCUGAUGUGACGGUUGCCGAUCCUUCGGUUUGUAUUGCAACGGUUUAAAGAACGCAUCUUAUAUUACAACAACUGAAGUUUUUUGACUGAUUGAAGAUAAACAUGUGCGGCAAUGAACUACACAAGUUUUAUUUUGUUAGAAAAGCACAGGAUUGUUCUCUUCCGCUUCCGAUCGAUCAAGAUAGUUGAAUUUAAUCAUGGUCCUUGUUUUACAUCACAUCAUAAACAAUCGAAGCGAUUUGCAGUAUUAGGCUUAUGCCUGAACUCGAUCAAUUUUUGUUCACUUGGAAGGUGAUACCUUAAGCAAUGAUGUUACUACAAACUGUAACAAAGCCUCUCUAUCGUUUUAUACCCGGUUACUACUCCAAAAGGGUUUCGUGCUCGGGUAAGAUCGGGACGACUUUUACCACUGGGGUCUACAUCUUAGUGAGUGAAUGAGUGACUCAUUUGCAUAUCGGAGUCCCCAUAAAAAAUCAUUUGCACGA